AUGGUGCUUUCUUGUCACCAGGAUAGCGCGUUCGGCCCUGCAUCGACGUGCAGGAAUCUAGACUUCACCUUGUAUUUCGAGCAAACGAUUCUCUCGUUCACCCCCGACGUCAUCUUCAUUGCAUUAGCUUUGGUGCGACUCGCCGCGCUUUCCCGCACGAAAAGCUUGCUAGGAGCCCCCGGAUGGCCGCUCGUGCUUUCGAAACUGGGUUCCGUGCUCUUGACCAUAGCCAGUACCGCCGCGAAUCUAUUCUUCACUCUGCAAACGAAGGAUCAAGGCUUGAUACCAGUAUGGGUCCCUUCUCCCGCACUACAGCUAAUUGCAUCCAUCCCACUGGGCAUCUUGGUCCUCAUGGAACACUUCCGGUCGCCCGCACCCAGCAUGCUGGUCAUUUGUUACACGCUUCUCAAGAGCCUGUUCUGCUCUGUGACGCUGCGGACUUACCUGAAAACCGGCCUGUUUGGCAGCGCACAUCCUGCCGCCGUGGUUUGGACCUUGGUGACGACGUCAUACAUGCUGAUUCUAUGCGCGGAACUGGUAGAGAAGCGAAGGUUGCUGCGUCAUAAGGUCCUGGCUCCUGUAUCGACGUCGAGCUUCAUCACUCGCUCUCUGUAUCUCUGGCUACUCCCUUUGAUGUGGACAGGUCGAAAGAAGGUCCUCACCAUCGACGAUUGUGGCAUGAUCCCCGACGAACUGUCCGCGCUGAGUACGCGCGUAGCUCUGCAGGAUGCGCUAUCGACCACAGGACGACAAAGUAAUUACCUAGCUCGGGCGACAACGAAGGCCUUCGCGAUGAAGUUUCUCGCUCCAGCCGGGCCACGGCUAGCGCUACUCCUGGUCACGUUUGCUCAACCGCUGCUGGUAAACAGAACGAUCAGCUUCGUCACUUCCGACAACUCGGACACUCAGGGCUGGGCGCUCGUCGGAGCAUUCGUUUGCGUAUACGCUCUGAUCGCAAUCACUACGUCCUUGUACUGGGAGAAGGUAUUUGACGCGACUGUGGGGCUGAGGGGCGCCCUUGUGGGUGUCAUAUACUCCAAGAGCCUCAAGCUCUCCUCUGCCGCAAGUCGAUCUCUGGGUGGUGGUGUUGCGAGCACAUACAUGUCUGUCGACGUCGAACGAGUUUGUGAAGGAGCUCAAAGCUUCCAUGAACUCUGGGCUUGUCUAGUUUCCGUUGGACUGACGAUCGUCAUUGUAUACCAGCAAGUGACUUGGCCUGCUUUCCUUCCGAUAGUGGUUACAGUCCUACUGAUUGUCGCUACCUCGUUCAUCGGUCGAUCUGUCGGCCGGCGACAAAACGCAUGGCUUGCAGCUACCGACCGACGUGUCAAGUUCAUUUCGUCAAUGAUUAGUAACUUCCUGUCCAUCAAAUGGUCCUGCUAUGAAGAGAUACUCGGGGCGAAGGUGGACAAGCUACGGCUGGAGGAAAUGAACGAGGCUCGCAGGUUCUACAACGGUAUUGUUCUUUCAUCGUCAUUGUCCAACACCGCUGGUAUACUCUGCAUCUUGUCUGUACUUGGCCCAUACGUUCUUCUUUCCACGCGUCAUGGAAAGCAACCGCUCGACGUACAACGUCUCUUUACGAUUGUCACAAGUCUGAAUCUAGUCUCGCAACCGCUGAACUUCCUAGGCCAGCAGUUCCCCGUCCUUGCGGCAUCCUGGGCCUCUCUGCAACGGAUAGAGCGAUUUCUCCUCUUGGACGAACGUCAAGACGAGUUUCUCGGCGGCAGUGAGAAGUUGGCACAGUUGUAUGAGGGUGCUGACGGGAUCGAAUUGGAAACCCGUACGCCUCCGCCGAUCGUCAUGAAGCAGGCCGCCUUUGCGUGGGCUCCGGAUACCGAGCCCUACUUGAAGGACAUCACGCUUCACUGCGACGAGGCAAAGCUCUACAUGUGCGUAGGUGCUGUCGCCUCGGGCAAGUCCUUGUUACUGCUGUCUAUUCUCGGAGAGACCACCGCAACCGCUGGACAGUACAAAAAGCUUUCGGCACGCUGUGCGUAUGCAUCCCAGAACGCUCUCAUCAUCCCGGGUACCAUUCGCGACAACAUCCUGUUUGGGCGGGCGUUCCAGGCCGAACGCUACUCUCGAGUGCUAGAUGCCUGUGCCCUUACGCUAGAUAUACGCGGUAUGCCGGCUGGGGACGGUACGUGGCUCGGAGAAAAAGGCCGUAGACUGAGUGGAGGUCAGAAGCAACGAAUCGCCCUCGCGCGGGCCGUCUACGCGGAUGCUCCCUGGACUCUUUUGGACGAUCCACUGAGUGCUCUGGAUGCCGAGAGCGAAUCGCACAUCUUUCAUUCUCUCUUCGGCUCAGGCGGCAUUUUAGCGCACAAAGCUGUCCUAUUGGUGACGCACAAUGUAAAGCACCUGCAUGCUGCGCAUAGAAUCAUCGUCCUUGAUUCCGGUCGAAUCCGAUACCAAGGAGCCCUGUCAGAUAUUACGAAGCAAGGCUAUGGGGUCUUGGUAGAAAGUACAGCAGUACAGCAUGCGACCAGCGCCGCCUCGCGUGAACUAUCCACAGAUGUACCUACUGAAGAUAUUCCCGAAGAGGAAUCUGGAGAGGCAGCGCUGACCAAGGAAUCGUUAGGGUUCACUCCCUACCGAUUCUAUACCCGCAUGGUUGGACGGUUCAACUUCGUUGUUGCAAUGUUCGGAAUCGCGAUGUAUGCCGGUAUGAGGCUUGGGAUACAGGUGUAUCUUCAGCAAUGGGCAGACAGCAACGGCGCGCAUCCUGGGGCAUGGGCCGGUGGCUACGCCGGAUUCUCCCUCGUGUCGCUCAUGACCAUUGCAUUUUCGUUUUGGCAGUUUGCUGUGCUCGUGGCAUAUCGUGGUAGCGUGGAAGUACAUGGGGAGGAGCUGAAUGGGCUGCUUCAUGCAGCACCUUCGUUCUUUAUGUCCACGCCUGCUGGAAGGAUCAUCAAUCGCUUCUCUCAGGAUAUCUUCAUGAUAGACUUUGAGUGGCCGAUCAAUCUGUUGGAUGCGUUGUCAAUCUUCGUAAUGCUUGUGGGGACGUUGGUCUUCAUCUUCAUCCCGACCCCAUUGCUCGCCCUCUCCGUGUUCCCUCUCGGAGCAUUUUACUUCAUGACAACGAUAUUCUAUCUGCGCACGUCUAAACAGCUUCAGCACCUCGAAGCAUCCAGCAAAUCGCCGUUGUAUUCUGUUUUCGCUACAACUCUAUCUGGGCUCGAGACAAUUCGAGCCCUUCAUGUUGAGAACUAUUUCCAGAACCAAAACGACGUACAUCUCAACCGUAGCCAGACACCGUACUACUAUCGCUUCGGUGGAUUGAGGUUCCUCCGUACUAUACUUGCGUUCAUGUCAUUUGUCAUCGCUGUCGGCCUUGCUGCCUUGACGAUCGGUCUCCGUCGGACAGUAAACCCCUCUUCCUUGGGUUUGGCAUUGUCUAACCUCACGGGCCUCUCUAAUUGGCUUUCAUUCUUAUUGAUGAGUAUGGCGCAGGUCGAGAACGGCUCAGUCUCGAUCUCAAGGAUACUUGAAAUCGUGAACCUGCCUCCCGAAGAAGACUCCACAGUCUACUCUACACCAGAUGCGGACUGGCCCUCUGUCGGCAGCGUCGAAUUCAAGGCCGUCAGUAUGCGGUAUCAACCGGAGUUGAAGCCUGCCGUGUCAAACGUGUCGUUCCACGCUUUCGCCGGGAUGAAAAUCGGCAUCUGCGGCAGAUCUGGCUCGGGGAAGAGUAGUAUGAUACUGGCCCUGUUCCGCGGCCUGAGCGACUCGCUUGUAUCCGGUCAGAUCAGCAUCGACGGCGUGGACAUCCACAGUCUGUCCCGCUUCCACCUACGCAAAGCCCUCAGUCUCGUCGCACAAGACCCGUUCGUCUGGCACGCGUCGAUUCGUUCGAACCUCGACCCAGAGGAAGUACACGCAGACGCGGAGAUCUGGGUUGCCCUUGACCGCGUCGGCAUGAGUGACGCGGUCGCGGGGCUCCCGGAGAAACUGGACACGGUGCUCGAAGACGGCGGCUCCUUGUCAAAAGGACAGAUGCAACUUCUCUGCCUGUCGAGAGUGCUUCUGCGCAGGAGGAAGAUCGUCGUCCUCGAUGAAGCGAGCAGCAGGUGA